CGCCAAACGAAGGAACAGUUGUUCAUAGAACGGAAUCCAAAACUCAAUUCCUAUAUUGUCGCAAUAAUCCUCUCCGUCUGAUUCUUCCGAAAACCCUAAUUUUUCAUUUCAUUUUUCUUUCUAAUCAGCUUUUCAUUCCUCUCCUCUCCACCUCCUUUCAAAUUCAACAACAUCUUUGUAGCUAGCUGCAAUCGUCAACGUCAAAAAAGCAGAGGUUUCAGACACAAAAUUGUUUUCUCAGUUGUUUGCUUUUUCAGGAAAGACAAGCUUUUGAGCUUAUUCAUGCAGUACAAAUGGAAAUGCACUUCAAGUUUACAUGUCAAUAUCCUGACACUGAAAUGUGGAAAUAUAGUAUAACGUAAGUCAAGUACUCAAGUAAAAUUCAUAAAGGAUUUGGGGCAUCGCAAACCAAGUUCUCAGCAUUCGAAAUCCUGUGAGGGAAGAGAAGUAGAAAGUGUUGAAAUGGAUGGAGAGUCAAUUGAUCAUAGUAUACAAGAUAAACAAGCAAAAGUAGUUUCAGAAACUAUCGGUGACAGUCCGAGAAGUAAAGAUUCCAGCCGUGAGAGUGGAAGCAGUAGUGAUUCAGAAAAGCAAAUUUGUGUCAUCAGUAAAGUUGAAAGUGAUAAGGCUGAAUUCUCUGACACACAUACCGAUGACACUAAAAUCACGUCUUCAUCAGCUAGAAGGGGAACUUCUUGCUCUUUAUCCGAACCAUCAUCAGAUGAUUCCUUUGCAAUGGAGGAAUCAUUUACGUACACCAAAUCUGGGAAAGAUUAUGUUUCUAGCUCUGAGAGCUCUGACAAGUCUGAAGUUGACAACAACUUUGUACUUCCAACAUCAACAGAUGAAGUUAACAAUUUGAGCAACAGCCAAAAGGAUAUGUCACCAAUUGCUAGUCCCCCCCUCCAAGUGAUGGAUCGGUCUGGAAGUUAUAAUGCAUCUAUUAUUCCAUCUUCAAUUUUUGAAACAAAUGCUAAUCCUUCAGAAUGGAGUAUUGCUUCUAAUGAUUCACUAUUCAGUAUUCAAAUAGGGCAACCAAGUUUCUCCAGAGAAAAAGCGUUUAUGUAUGGUGAAUUAUGCUUGUCAAUGGAAUUGACCAAAUCUGGUGAGCUGAAUAACCAAGAACCUUCAGUUAUACUACAAAAGAUAGGCACUACUGAAAAUAAUGUUGCUGUAGAGGAGAUAGACACUUCCAUAAAGAGUGCUGAUGUAGAGGAACUGCAAGCAACAACAUCAUUUGGAUCUUUCAAGUUUGAGGGAGAAAGUCACCUUCUAGACGAUAACGAAACAGAGACUUCACCUGAAACAAAAAGUUUGAAAUCAUCCAAGUCCAAUGCGUCUAUUCCCUCUCAUAGAGACAAUGAAAUUUUACCUGAUCCUCCAUUAAAGAAGCGAUCACGGAAAGCCUACUUCUAUAGUUGUGGCUGGAUGAGCCAUUUGUGGCCGAGCUGCAAGUGUUUGAGUUGUUGCUCAUCAUUCUCCAGCUGUUGGAGAUGUAAUCGUACAAAGUGUCAUCAUGCCACCUCCCUAAUUUUGAAAGAAGAAGGAAAUGGUUCUACGAAGAUGGAUGUUUCACCACAGGAGUCAGAUAAACCACAUGAAUCAGAUAAACCACAUGAAUCAGAUAAAGAAGAAUCAGGAAUGGCUUCGGACUCUACAGCUAUCCAAACUAAACAAGAAUCCGAAGUGCUUUCCAAAUCAAAAGAUAAAAAUUGCAAUUGGCUCCAUUCUUUUUCUUGUCCAUGGAACCUACCUUCUAAAUCUAAACAUUGUUGUUGUUGUUGAGAGAUCUUUUACAGAAUUCAGAUGCCUCGUUUGUUUAUAGUUUACCACCACCUUUAGGUACAUAGGUUUGAUCACAUGGCAAUGAACACAUACGUUGGAGCUUCAUGUGAACCACUCUUCCCUUCAAAGAGUAAUAUGAAUGUAUAUGCGAGCUAGAUUCAUAAUGAGUAAAGAAAAAUUAUAUGGUUUCAUCAUAAA